ACAGGGAAGGUCCUCUUCAGCUACGGUUACGGAUUACUAUCAGUGUUUCUCUUUCAUUAAUCGUUGCUGUGAUUUUGUAUCUAAGAUACAGAUGCCGCAAGUCAAAGAAUUGUCGAAAAAUAUGUUUGGGAUUUACCAAGACAUUUCCAAGAAAAAGACAAGCGACUCGUCAUGGCGAUGAUAUAUCACUCAGCUCCAACAUGUCUACUUCUGAAAAACAUCUACAUGUCAACUCAUCACAGGUAAGCCUAAUUCCACCUGAACCCAACAGACAAGACGAACAACAGAGUAGGGUUAAAGGAGAAGAUACUUCUGUAGCAAUGCUCUCAGCGGUUGAAUGCGCUACGGUCAACAAGGAUAAUCACGACACUCGAGAUUCGUCUACAGACCUCAUCAGAUGCGGAUCACGGACAGAUUAUUUUUACACUGACAUACCCACCAAGUUGACUCAGAUCCCACCGUGUGUUAAAUCACACACCAUGAAGAACCGACCACUCCCGGACUGUCCAAAGGGUGGAUUAAUCAAACCUCCUGUACCUCCACGCAAGGCUCAUACCUUAACACGCACUGAUCAGCUGAGAAAUUCUGACACGUACCACAAGCCUUGUACGCCAAAUAAUAUUCACUAUUCGCCUACCUCUAUUCGGGGGAAGACACAGACAACCAAGAAGGCACCCGGUGGGUCUACGCCUUACGUGAAGCCCAAAAAAAGCAAGCGUUAUCAGAAUAAUGGCUUCCCGAAAAACAAAGAUGAAAAUAACCUUGAAGAAGGUACCAGUACUGAAUCAUGGCAACACCCGGGUGGCAACCAACUACCUCGAAGUUCUUCAGAUGUGUCACCAUCAGAAAAUAUCUCUGACGUAACCAGAAGUCAAACCAACCUAGACCAAGAUAAACCUAGGUUUUGUGGAGAAGGUAUGAAUUUUGAAUCUGAUUCUUCUCCUCAAAUCGCCCCUAUUGUUCAAGACGUAGUAUACUGUGAUAUUGAGGAAAGAUGUCGGCCGAAUACAGACCAGGUGUCCAAGGGAAUCCUUGAAACUGAAGGAUUCAAUGAAAAUGAGAAAUCAUCUAACAUUCAUCAAUCUUGCAACAUGUAUCACACAUUGGAGUCGACAAACUCCAAUGAGAGUCCAGUUGCUUGUCCAGAAUAUGAAUGUAUUGAUAACAUGGGUAGAACCGAUAAAUCUGAUCUUGCGUAUGAUCAUUUUAACUUUUUUAACGUCAAAUAAUUAGCAAUGUAACUUCACGCUUCAAAAGCAUACGCAAUGAAGGUUAACCUCUCACUGCAUA